ACGAAACAUGCUGGUCUCGCAAUAAACGUUUUAUGUUCUUAUGUUUUUCAAUACAACAGAAUGAAUUAAUCUGAUUAAUAUUUCGAUUACUGAAAUACAAGCGAAUCAUCACAUUGUAACUUCUGGUGCGUAUGUAGUGGCACAAAUAUAUUUUGAGAUUAAAUCUUGCGUUCCUCUAAAUCUAUGGCACGCAUAAUCGCACUUCGAGAACAGUUCGUCUAAUCACCGGUGACGCAAAGACGCUCAACGCUGCUUUUGUCCGUUCAAAAUUAUGGUAAUCAUUGAAGCUAUCGUUUGUGGGCUAUUCGUUUGCAGUGGCUUAUUGGCUGAAUCUGUUAUUCCAAAUACGGAAGUUCCACAAAUUGCAACCGAAAAUGACAACACUUCCGAAUAUAAAGUUGUAGUAUCUAAAAUAGAAAAACUGGAGCAACAAUUAUUAGAGCAGCAAUUGGAAAUAAGAAAACAAAACGAGUUGAUCUUGUCGGUUCUUGAUAGCUUCCGGCAGAACGUUGAAAGCAAGAUCUUAAGUCAAAAAGUGAAGAUCAAUCAACGAUACGAUGAGCUCGAAAGGGCGCUUAUCAGUCUCGAAAAGUCCGAUGAGAAAAUGUUGUCAAUCUUAACCAGUGUGAAGCGAGCAGUGGAUCACAAGUUCGGAGAUUUGUUUGCUCAUUUUAAUAUAAUCAGUUCUAGCUCGCCUACAUAUCGUUCAUGCAAAGACGAACCUACCAGAGUUACGGGUCAAUAUUUACUGAAACCAUUCCCCAGAGAGGCGCCUUUUGAGGGGUAUUGCGAACAGGAUAAAUUCGGAGGAGGGUGGCUUGUGAUCCAGCGUCGAUUCGAUGGUUCGGUAGAUUUUUUCCGCAACUGGACGGAAUACAAGAACGGAUUUGGUCGCAUUGACGGCGAGUUCUGGCUAGGACUGGAGCAAAUGCAUCGCCUGACGAAAGACAAGAAUCAUGUAUUGUUGGUGGAAUUAGAAGCCUAUGAUGGUGACAGUGCGUAUGCGAUGUACGACGGCUUUGAAAUCGGCACCGAAAGCGAGUUGUACGAGUUGAAGGUUCUUGGAUCAUACAAUGGGACUGCGGGUGAUUCACUGACUCAUCACCAGGGCGAGCCAUUUUCAACAUAUGACAAUGAUAAUGACAUUUCUUUUUCGAACUGCGCAGCGCAAUUCCAUGGAGCCUGGUGGUAUCGUAACUGCCAUCUGAGUCAUUUGAAUGGCCAAUAUAAGAACGAAUCUGGUUUGAACACAAAUCUUUGGUAUGCAUUCAAGGAACGGAAUGGAUUGAAACUUACGAGAAUGAUGAUACGCGAAAAAUGAUUUUUCCGCAGUUUGAAAUGUAGAAUAAGUUUAGUUACUCAAAUGUAUUAAACAGCUCAAUAAACAGUUACU